ACUUUCUUCAAAAUGUCGCUGCAACACAUCUUUAUUUUGAAUAUUUGCUAAAUUUGAAACAUAUUACUGCAAAUGUUAAACUUAAAGGCUCCUUAAAUACUCACAAUGAACUCAAGCAAAUUAAUCCGCGCAGCUUUGGGUAAUGUAGCUGCCCUUGGCGAACUAUAUGAUGCAAGGACAGAUAACUUUCUUAACCUUUCAAUCUUUAACAAAAAAAUUCCAGAGGAAGCUAUAAACUUAACUGAUAACCAUUUUUCAGACAUCCAUCUAAUUCAUUCGGAUAGCUACUCAGAGAAAUUUUCUAAACUGGAUGUCAAAGGCGAACUGCAAGUUAGUGUUCUUGCAGGGCUUUUUAACCCUGAAGGUUCAGGUCGUUAUUUAAGUGACAUUAAAACAUCUGCUAAAGCAAUUAAAAGUUCUCUUUUAUACAACAUCAAAACAAUGGAUGAAGUUUUGAACAUUUACCACCAAGAUUUAAAGAACAUUUUUGCUCUGGAAGCAAUUGAAACUGGAUUAGCAACGCAUGUUGUAAUUGGAAUUUCAUGGGGGGCUAAUUCCAUUUUGUCAUGCGAAUAUUUGAACACUGAAAGCCGAGAUGUGACUGAGGUUGAAGGAAGUUUGUCAGCUCAACUCAAAAAAAUUGGCUCAUUAAUAUCAGGCAAAGUCUGAGUGUAAAAAAAAAAAAGGAGGAGAA